AUGGAGAUACAGCACAUGAAGGAGCUCGAAUGGCCCAAACCAAUGCUAACCCCUUCGGGCAAGAGAAAUCAAAGUAAAUACUGCCAUUUUCAUAGAGAUCACGGGCAUGAUACCGAAGAAUGCCUACAGUUAAAGAAAGAAAUUGAGCGCCUGCUGAGACGGGGGCUAUUGGCAAAGUAUGUGAAAAACGACAAGGGCAGGCAAAGGGUCGAAGGUAUACCCCCACCAAGAGCAGGAGUGAUAAACAUGAUCAUCGGAGGAGUAGCAUCGGGCGGCGACUCAAAUUCAGCUAGGAAGAGUUAUGCGCGUUCAUUAGGGGUCUGCUCUAUACAGGAAAAAGCAAGAUUCAACCAGAGUAUAACUUUCGAUGAAGAGGACAUGAUUGGUGUAACUCACGCCCAUGAUGACGCCUUAGUAAUAGUAGGCGAUGUUGCGGAUUUUGACGUGAAGAGGGUAUUAGUCGAUGGAGGGAGUGCGGCAAAUGUCCUCACCUGGGAUGCCUUCUUGGUUCUAAAAAUCCCCCAAGAAAGGUUGAAGGUGGUGACUACCCCCUACAAGACUUUAAAGGGGCAACAGUGA